AUAGACAACCCAGUCCCAGUUGCAGAACCUUGUCUUUGCGUUUCAAACACCCCCAACACAAGAAGGAAAGAAGAAAAAGGAGCAAGAGAAAAUAAAAGUAUCACUAUCUACACCUUUUUUUAUUUUCCUUCAUACCAAAUGGGAAGACCACCUUGCUGUGACAAAAUUGGGAUUAAGAAAGGGCCAUGGACUCCUGAGGAAGACAUCAUCUUGGUCUCUUACAUUCAAGAACAUGGACCCGGGAAUUGGAGAUUGGUUCCCUCAAAUACAGGGUUGAUGAGAUGCAGCAAAAGCUGCAGACUCAGAUGGACCAACUAUCUCCGACCUGGAAUCAAACGAGGGAAUUUCACCGAUCAUGAAGAGAAAAUGAUAAUCCACCUCCAAGCCCUUUUGGGUAACAGAUGGGCUGCAAUAGCGUCGUAUCUUCCACAGAGGACAGACAAUGACAUAAAGAAUUACUGGAAUACCCAUUUGAAAAAGAAGCUGAAGAAGAUGCAGAGUGAGGAGGGUGAUGAUGAAGGUAACAAUUACGACAAGGGAAACUCGUGUUCGCAGCUAAAGGGUCAGUGGGAGAGAAGACUUCAAACAGAUAUCCACAUGGCAAAACAAGCCUUAUGCGAGGCUUUGUCUCUCGACAAACCAACCCAAAUCUUCCCCGAGACCAAACUACCCUCCACUUCUUCUUCUUCCCAAUGUUUCCACCCCGCAUCACCAAACAAAACAGCAACAUCCUUGUACGCCUCCAGCACAGAGAACAUAGCGAGGUUGUUGGACAAUUGGAUGAAAAAAUCCCCAAACAAAACCGAAACAAACUGCUCCAUCAGCAACAACAACAUGGUAACCACAGGGUCUAGUUCGAGCGAGGGAACGCAAAGCACCGUGACAUGCACGCAGGACCACCUUGACUCCUUGUGGAGCUUCAAGUCUGAACGUUCGCAAUCCGAAGAGAACACGAACUUGGUGGAGAGUAAGCCAAUCGUGGAGACGCAAGUGCCUCUGAUGCUGCUGGAGAAUUGGCUUUUCGACGAUGGUGCACCUCAGUGCAACGAAGAUCUCAUCAACAUGUCACUGGAGGAAAGUACAGAUGGGUUGUUCUAGUUGUUCCAGUUGUUCUAGUCCUAGAUCGAUGUAACCAAAUCAAGACCAAAAAAGUCUUGAAAAGAAAGAAAGAAUGCGUGUGAGUGUGUGUGUGUGAAUUAGACUUUUAAGUUAUUGCAAAUGAAACUACUUUUCUAGGUCCCCAGUAGGAAGGUAACUCCACGAUACAAACAAAAGUGUACAUUACAAGUACAUCUAUAACUAUAACUAUCAUCAUUACCUAUCUUAUCUUAUCUACCAUAAUAAUAACUUCAGUUCAAUA